CUCUCGAAAUAACGGCACUCGUUGUACGCAAACAGUAAAAAUGUCUGCUGUACGAGCUGCUACUCGUCAAGUCCGACCAAUUUUGUCUAUAAGUCAGCAAGAAGCCCGAUCAAGAGUCUUAAGUUUGUACAAAGCUUGGUACCGUCAAGCCCCUUUCAUCGUCCAACAUUACGAUAUACCAAAAAAUGAGGCACAAAUUAGAGCAAAAAUUCGUGAGGAGUUUCUAAAAAAUGCGAAUGUUAAGGACAUAAGAGUUAUAGAUCUACUCGUUAUCAAGGCUCAAAUGGAGCUGAAAGAAGUCUGCGAGGUUUGGCAUCAAAAAGGAACCCUGAUGAACCACUUUAAGGAUACGCAGGAGAAGAAACCUACUGACUUUCUGUCCAAGUUUUUAUCUGGUCAAGAUUAACUGGGUCUGGCUUAUUUCUCAGCUAGCUCAUGACAUAGUCUUUGCAGAUCUAUUUAGUAAAACAAAAUGAGAGUAGAAAAUAGAGCCAGAAUAAAUUGUAAUUGAAUAUGAUAUGACUAUGUUGAUUCUUUCUGUAUAAAUUAUUGAAAUAAAUUGUAUAUAACACUUU